AUGUGCAGCGGAGCCGAAGGAGGCCCGUGGCCGCUCGGCAAGAACGCGCCCGCCGUCACCGCCGCCGCGAUCGACCACUACCGUCUCCAACUCUACAACUAUGCCGUUGCUGAACGCUUACGACUCUAUCCGCCUUCCGUCGCGCCGUGCUACGGGCCCUACGGACCGCGGCUCGCUCUAUCCAUGUCUCUCCUGCAGCAGCGAGCCUUGCAGCCAGAAGAACCGAAACCUCAGCACAGUUACAUCGGACUCAUCGCGAUGGCGAUUCUGAGCUCCCCAGAUAGGAAACUUGUCCUAUCCGAUAUUUACCAGCAUAUCCUCGACAACUAUCCAUAUUUUCGGUCACGCGGCCCCGGGUGGAGGAAUUCGAUACGACACAAUUUGUCACUGAACGACUGCUUCGUGAAGGCGGGGAGAUCCGCCAAUGGCAAGGGCCAUUAUUGGGCGAUACACCCUGCGAAUAUCGAGGACUUUAGGAAAGGAGACUUCCGGAGGCGCAAAGCUCAGCGGAAGGUUCGAAAGCAUAUGGGAUUGGCUGUAGACGACGAUGGAGAAGAUUCCCCGUCUCCGCCGCCGCAAUCUCCUCCUCCGACUGCUUUACCGUUACCGUUUUGGGGUGGAGGACGUGUGCCGGCGGGUGUCCCUACUCGGAAGAGGCAAUUCGACGUAGCUUCAUUGUUGGCUCCAGAUGACGCGCCGGAUAAACGUGCCCGACGCGACAGCAGUUGCGAGGAGGAAGUGGAAGAAGAUAUCGAUGUGGUAGCCAGUGAUCAAGAGGAUGUGAAAUCGGGGGAAGACGAAUCGCGAACGCCGUUAGCGCCGACAGCGCACUAUCCGCUACUCGGUGGCUGGUGGCCAGCGCUGGAUCCAGCUUUGUUGCAGCAACUGAGGAGACAUACAGCUUCGGGAGCAUCGUCAGCCCCGCCUAGUCCUGAUCAACAGCGCCCACCUGAUACUUAA